UUCUCUCUGCCCGAACCUCACUCUCAGAUCCUCUCCUCAUCACUGCCGCCACCUCCCUCGCUCACUUCCCACUCACCGCAAGCUUCUCCUCCUUCGGCGAGGUCGCUGGUCGCCUCCCCUUCCCCCUUCCUUUCCCCCUUUUCUCAUCAGAUCUCCUCUUCGCGUGCCAUCCCUCCUCCUCCUCGUCAGAUCAUCAACGCCACGGAUCUGCCCAUCGCCGUCUCCGCCACAGAUCUGCGCGUCGCCAUCAGCGCAUCGCCGAUUUUCUGUCGCCGUCUACUCCAUCUUUGGGAAAAUCCGCGGGGAUAUCCGGCGGAUAUCGGGUAUCCGCAACCCGUCACGGAUACGGGGCGGGAACGGGGGCUUUUUGGGGCCACGGGGCGGGGGGUGGGGGGCAUGUCCCCGUCCCCAUGGGGACCCGUUGCCAUCCCUUUCCACUGAGCGAAUUGUUCUUCAUACUAAGCACAGCCAAGCCUUGAAGAGUCCCUAUUUCGCUUGGAAUAACGCCUUCUAAAAGGUUGUUAUCAAGAACCAGUGAUUGAAGGUUUUUGAGAAGUGAAAUCUGUGACGGAACAACACCAGUGAAAUGGUUUGAACUUAUGUUGAGUAUUUCAAGAGAAGAUAUAACUGAGAAAUGGUUUGAGGUAUUGGACCCCAGAGACCAAGAGAAACGAGAGUGAGGACUUUUAAGCUUGAGAGUGGGGCGAGUGUGGCGAAUAGUGUUUGUGAUGAGAAGUUCUGUGGCAAUGCGUUGGGACUGAAACCGUUGCCAACAACAUGCAGCUGUGUGAGAUUUUCUUCAUAGCAAACGAGUGUGAAGUGUGGGGUUGGUUCAAUGUUGCAGAAGUCUGUGUUGGUGUUGAGGGUUAAAAGUUCUUGGGGGUAGCCGAGAAGGUUCUGGAAGUUUUGAAGUGUUUGGGUCUGAGAAAAUUGUAACUGCUCUGAGAGAUGGAAGGUGGUGGAAAAGAACAGGAUCAAAAUGAGUAGUGGAAUUAGGUGUGAGUGGGAAUUGGAAUUGGAAUUGUAACUGGAAGUUUGUAUAUUCUAUUAAGGGCAUGUGCUUGUAUUCUGAAAUGUGUAGUUUGAUUGGAUAGAAAUGCUUGAGAAAGAAAAGGUUUACUUUGUUAGAAACUUUGAAUAAAAUGGUUUUGCCUUUAGAUACAAUAUAUUUGAGAAGUGCGACGUAUUAAAAUUUUAAUCUAAAUCUUGUUUCAAAAUGCUAGAUUCUUUUAUGUACGUAUUCUUUUAUGUCUAAGUAAUCUCAAAAUCCUAGUUUGCAAUAUUUUUUCAACACUACAUAUAACUUUAGUGGGAUUUUUAGUGAUAUUUGUACUUGAUUUAAUCUGAAUAAUUGUUUAGUGUCUUUUUGAAUAUAUAUGUGUAGUUGUGUCUGAUUGUUUAUGGUCAAUUAAAUUCUGUUGAUUGGCUUUAAAAAUGAAUUACUUAUGAUUCUGUUUAUGAGCUGCUUUGGUUUUGUUAAUGAGCUGUUUAAAAAUGAAUUGUAAAGGUUGUGUAAUAUGGUUUUAUAUGUCUGCAUAUAUAUGGCUGCAUAUAAUUAAUAUGUUUCACAAGUUUGAAUGCUAAAUUUGUUGCUGGAAACAAUACUUUUGGUGCUGUUGAUGAGUUAAAAUGCUAAUUUUUCAUUGUUCUGUUUAUAUAUAUGCAGCCAACAAGCAUGAGGUGCCCAACGAACCGACGCCUAAUUUUUCAUUGUUCAGAGGCUGUUUGGUUUUUAUUUGUUUUAAAGUGACUGUUUCGGUUUAAAGUGUGUUUAUUUCUGUUGUUUUGCUAGACAUUUUUAAUUGUCUUUGUUUUAUGUUUAAUUAAGUUGAAUUUGUAUUGGAUUUGGAUGUGAUAUACUCUUGUUAUUCUAGUUUAUUGAAGGUUUUAAACCUCAUUUUAUGGUAUUUUAAAUUCUGAUUAUUAGGUGUAAAAAAACCGAAAAAACCGACCGAACCAAAAUGCUGUUGGUUCGGUUCGGUUGUUCAAACAGCAGCCAACCGAAUGGUUGGUCUCAUAGUAGAACCGAUCAGGUCGGUUUGGUUGGUUUUCGGUCCAAAACCGAACCAAACCGAACCGAUUACACCCCUAAUCCAGUAGUGAUGCUGAUAUUGUUUGUGUUCCAUCUCCACCUCUUCCUUUGAGCCCAAGGUUGUCUAGGAAACUGUCUGAUUUUAGGAGUUCACAAUCUAAUUUGGGUGACCAUGUUGGGGGCCAAUCCAUUAAUUGAUUAUUCAGUUGACAGACAAAUGCCUACUAUUCAUAGGAACUUGUCUGAUGCACCACUGAUGAAUAAUGAUUUGAAGAAUGAUGAGAAAGUCAAACAGGAUGAUAUUUCGAGCGUAGUUAAUCCCUCUGUUAUGCUUAAGCUACCAACUCACCUGGUUACUCCUUCUGAAAUCAUUAAGGCCGGUUCUCCCCCUGAGACAAAUAUAAUUGAUAGAAAUAGUAACUUUAUGAAUAAGGAUCUACCAGCAAUAUUGGAGGAAAUACUAAAGAAGGAAAUAGCUUCAGUGGGUCCAGCUGCAGUCCGUGCAAUGACCCCCACUAUUGAGAAAAUAAUAUCUUCAGCCAUUGUAGAGUCUUUCCAGAGAGGAGUAGGUGAUGAGGCAGUAAAUCAACUUGAUAAAUCAGUCAAUGCAAAACUUGAAGCCACUGUUGCCAGGCAAAUUCAAGCACAGUUUCAGACGACUGGAAAACAAGUGCUUCAGGAUGCACUCAAAUCCAGUUUUGAAAUAUCAGUGGUUCCCGCAUUUGAGAAAUCAUGCAAAGCAAUGUUUGACGAAGUUUAUUCUACAUUUCAAAAGGGCAUGGUUGAACAAUCAACUGCUGUGCAACAACGCCUUGAUUCUGGGCACACUUCACUGGCAAUGACUCUAAGGGAAUCCAUUAAUUCAGCUUCAUCAGUUACUCAAACUUUGAGUAGAGAAGUGCUAGAGGGCCAGAGAAAGCUAAUGGCAUAUGCAACUGCAGGAGCUAACUCCGGCACACUAAAUCCUUUGCUCAUUCAGCUGAACAAUGGACCUCUGCUUCGUGAAAAGGUUGAACAAGAGCUAGCAAGUUUGAUAGCUGAACGGAAGUUUGAGGAAGCUUUCACCGGGGCUCUACAAAGAAGUGAUGCGUCAAUUGUAUCUUGGUUAUGUUCUCAGGUUGAUUUACAUGGACUUUUGUCAAUGGUUCCUCUUCCUUUGACCCAAGGAGUGGUGCUUUCACUUCUGCAGCGACUGGCAUGUGAUAUUAACAAUGAUACCUCACGAAAGAUUGCAUGGAUGACGGAUUUGCAAUUAGCCAUUAAUCCGUCAGACCCCAUGAUUGCAAUGCAUGUGCGACCCAUAUUUGAGCAAGUUUAUCAGAUACUGAUUCAUCAACGCAGCUUGCCUACAAUGACUGGACCUGAUCUUUCAAGCAUCCGUCUUUUAUUGCAUGUCAUCAACUCUAUGCUCACGACAUGUAAAUGAUUUUCCUCAUUUCUGGAAGUGUGCAAUUAGCCUUUUUGAACUUUCAGAUAUUACAACAAUUUUGUACAAAGCUCAGUGAGUUUCAUUAAAGGAUCCAUAUUGGUAGGUAGUUGACUAUGAAUCAAGUUAGUGUUGAAGAGGUGAUUCUUCGAUCAAAAUUUCUGUAGCAACGAAAUUGUUUUUGGGCUCAAAAUAGAGGAGUGUAUAUACUAUAUGUACUGUACCUUUUGUUAUUAACUUCAUAAUGAUCUGACAGACAAGGGUAGUUUUAAUCCUCGUUUUAGGAUUUGUUUUGAAUGCAUCCAUGAAUAAUUAAUUACAUUAAAGA